AAUGCUUUCUUGAAGAUGAUUUCAGACACACUGCUAGGAUACUGCCUCUACUCACUGAAGCAGAAUCCUCUGAAGAGUUGCUGAGGCAGAACUGAAAUCAUGGCUCACCUCAAAGAAGCAGCAGUAUUGGCCGUUAACGAUGCCUCAUACAGAAAGACGGUGCUCCUUUAACUCGGGGUUUUAAUGGGAAGUUUCUAAGCCUGAAACAACAGCUUUAGACCUGGGGUGUGCCAUCAACUGCCUUGCAGCUACCACUGUCUACUGCUUUCACACAGCAUGGUCGGGAAGAAUGGAAACUAAAGAGGCUCGUAACUACCUGUAACUGUUCCACCAGGACAUGGAUCAAGUGUUUGUUCAGCCAGAGCCAGUAUUAAAAUUAGACUUUAUUUCCUGAGCACCCACAAAUGGACCUGACAAAGGGAAGACACAGAUGUACUGUGUGAUGGGGAACGUCUGUCAGGAUUAAAAUACGGCCAUAACUCAGCCUCUCCAGAGUGCAGCCACCAUGACCUCUGCAGAUUGAUGAUGGAAGAAAAGGAAACCAGGACAUCCUGUGCUCUGGCUUCCCUGGACCAUGGAUGGAGGACAGCCCAUCCCUUCAUCCCUAGUGCCCCUUGGGAACAUAUCAGCAGAUUCUAGCAUGUCCCUGGAGCAGAAAACGACAUUUGUUUUUGUGAUUUUGUUGUUUAUCUUCUUGGGCAUUCUCAUUGUCCGGUGCUUCCGGAUUCUUUUGGAUCCAUAUCGAAGCAUGCCAACCUCUACCUGGGCUGAUGGACUUGAAGGCCUGGAGAAAGGGCAGUUCGACCAUGCCCUUGCUUAGAAGGGAUGGCGCAGGAUCUCCUCCUGAGGAGAUGAAGUGCUUCGUGUCUUGGCGAGGAUUCCCUUUAUGUAGUGUUCUCAACAAAUCAAAUUUAAACAAUAUUUGGUCCCAGGACCAUAAUCCAUUAUUCCAUAAAUAUGCAGUUGGAUUAAAGGCAUUUGGGGAUGUUGGAAAUGGACAUUUAUAUAACCAACACAACAUAAGAAGGUUUAAAUUUUUAUGUUUGCUCAAUGAAUGAAUACUCUUAAACUUGUGUGAUUGUGAAACCAAGAGCAUCAAUACUGACAUAGAUUUGCCAUCAAACACACACCACCUGAUCUGACUAAAGUAUAAAAGACUAGAAAGGAUCUCAUAUGAAUCUGGUGACAAGAUCAGGAAGAGAUUUCCUUGCUCUAAUUAUGUCUAUAUUUGUUUUAUUUCAUGCGCAUCUAUCUGGGUCUUGAGCAGAAUGAGGAAGAUUGCGCUGAAUGGACCCAAAGUAGUUCCUUGUUUUCUCCUAAAGCAGGGAGCAUUGGGAAGCAAUGGCAAAGUUUAAGAGAUGGUUCUGUCCUUGGUAAAUGUGAGUGACAAUUGUGUUUUGUUUUUCAAGUAAAAUUUAAUUCAAAGGCUACAGAGUUUUAAAAACUAUUUACCAAGCCAACUACAUUAUAUGUAUUCAUAUUAAUAACAUGUGUAGAGGUAGCUAUACAUUACUUGAAUUUACUCUUUACACAAAUGAUUUAAAUAAUAGGCUGCAAGUGCAGCUUCAAGUUUUUCUUUUAAUGAAAAGUCAGUUGUUUAGAGGAGAAGACUUUUAGUCUUCAGAGGGAUGUGUAUUUAUGAUUGUAUAUAGUCACCGAAUAAAACUUUCCAAGACACA